AAAGGACCCAGUGAAGCGGAGGAAGAGGAAGGUGGAGAGAGAGAGAGAGGAUGAGGAUGGUGCGGUGCCCGUACUGCCCAGGGAUGCAGGGCCGGUGCGCCGCCACGGCGGCGGGGCGGUGGGUGACGGAGUGCUGCUCGUGCGGGCGCGUGGUGGAGGAACGCCACCUCCACUCUCAUCCACUCUUCCUUCUCCGCGCCCUCGACAACCCCCUCCCCCUCGUCACCCCAGACCUCCUCUUCUCUUCUCUUUCUCCGACGACGACCGAAAGAGAAAAAGAAGGAGAACAACAACAGCAGCAAAACAAUAAAGAAGGAAAAGAACCACAGGACGAUGACGAUCCCUUCCACCCCACGGGAUUCAUCACCGCCUUCUCCACCUGGUCACUCGAGCCCGCCCCCGUCUUCGCCCGCUCCGCCUCCUCCUUCGCCGGCCACCUCGCCGAGCUCGAGCGCGCCCUCGACUGCUCCUCCUCCUCCUCCUCCUCUUCCGGUGACCCCUCCGGUGGCCCACUCGUCUCCGUCGACCAUCUCCGCGCCUACCUCCAGAUCCUGGACGUGGCGUCCCUCCUGAAGCUGGACCACGACAUCGCCGACCACGCAUUCCAGCUCUUCCGCGACUGCUCCUCCGCCACCUGUCUUCGCAACCGCAGCGUCGAGGCGCUCGCCACCGCCGCCCUCGUCCAGGCCAUCCGCGAGGCUCAGGAGCCCAGAACCCUCCAGGAAAUCUCUACUGCAAGCAACCUUCCUCAAAAGGAGAUCGGGAAGUACAUCAAAAUACUUGGUGAAGCUUUAAAACUGAGCCAACCCAUUAACAGCAAUUCAAUAUCAGUUCACAUGCCUAGGUUUUGCAUGCUCCUCCAGCUUAAUAAAUCUGCUCGGGAACUUGCUGCUCAUAUUGGAGAAGUUGUUAUCAAUAAAUGUUUUUGUACACGUCGGAACCCAAUCAGUAUUUCUGCUGCUGCUAUCUACCUGGCAUGUCAGCUAGAAGACAAACGUAAGACGCAGGCUGAGAUAUGCAAAGUGACAGGUCUCACAGAGGUUACCCUUCGUAAAGUCUACAAAGAGUUAUUGGAGAAUUGGGAUGAUCUGCUUCCACCCAAUUACACUCCAGCUGUCCCUCCUGAGAAGGCUUUUCCUAUGACUGCCAUCUCCUCAGGCCGUUCAACUCCCAAGGUUGAUAUCAUCGACUUGUUUCAUUUGAGCACACAUCAGGAUAAGGAUAAGCACACGGAAGUCAAAAAACCAGGUAAAGCUUCUGACAUUUUGGAGAUUGAUCCUCCAGUUAUUGUCAAAGAAGAGGUAGAGAAGAAAAGAGACUCUCAUGUCCAGGACCUAAAUCAAGCUGUGUUCUGGCAGCCACAGGCCCCAUUUGGCAUGCCUAUCUCGAAAGUAGAUGGAGAAAAAGAUCAGAAGGGUGAUCAAGGCAUGAAUAUCAGUGACACCAAGUCUCCUUUAUCUGGAUGCGAGCCAAAAGUCAACAGAGACUUUGAACUUGGUAAUCCCACUGGAUGGACGGGUCAAACUUCAGUCAUCUCAUCAUCUAAAAAGUAUUCAAAUCCAUGGCAGUGUAGUGCACCGGUUGCCGCCAGAUCUGCAUAUGCUCAGUUUGUGAAGGAACAGAUGGGCCUUCAUGUUCCCUCUGGGCUUAGGGGGAUUGGAAACCAGAGUAGAGCUGAUGAUGCGGAUGGCCGCAAUGAUAAGGAUAAAUCCUCGAGGAACUAACUUUGCCAGCAUAUGCUGAGAUCAGAUAUACAAAACAUCUGAGUGUUAGCCAUUUUGCCAUAUGGUGAUUACGAAAGUGUGUAGACAUAGUGCUGUAGGUGAAUUUAGCUAAAGCUUACCUAUAAUCAAAAGCAAAUCUGAUCUCGGUUUUAUGAUCAUUGUAGAUUUUGGCUGUUGUUCAUCUUGGGUGAUGAUGCUUGUGUAUGUAGUUAUGUCUUGAAAAGAAUUUCAUGAGUCUUGCAACUUGCUCAUGCUUGUAGUUGUAUGUGCAGGCCAAUGAACUAAUAUCAUGCAUGUGUGGUGCAUAUAUUGUUAUGUACAAUGGAAUGUAAACACUGUGUUGUUGACCUUUUGUAACAGAUGCAUCAGAUUAUAUUACUCAUAAUUGCCACAUUGCUUC